AUAAUUUGAGUAUGUUGGCUGGACGUGCCACCAGAGUCUUCCGACUUCUCAGCAAAAAUGCUAAGCAGGGCCAGAAAGCGGGCAACCUAGCUGGUGUUGCCAGCAAAGGUAUCGCCACCACUGCCAUCAAGGCAGCUGGAGCUGGUGCUAGCGAAAUCAGCUCUAUCCUUGAGCAGAGAAUCAUGGGACACACCAGCUCUGCUGAGCUAGAAGAGACAGGCCGAGUACUCAGUAUUGGUGACGGUAUUGCUCGUGUCUACGGUCUGAAGAACAUCCAGGCAGAGGAGAUGGUCGAGUUUUCCUCUGGACUGAAGGGUAUGGCCCUUAACUUGGAGCCCGACAAUGUCGGUGUGGUUGUGUUCGGUAACGAUAAGGAGAUCAGGGAAGGUGAUGUGGUUAAGAGGACCGGAGCUAUUGUCGAUGUACCGGUCGGAGAGGAACUUCUCGGACGUGUCGUAGACGCUCUGGGUAACGCUAUCGAUGGCCUGGGACCCCUAGGAACCACCGAAAGGAAGCGAGUUGGUCUCAAAGCCCCCGGUAUCAUUCCCCGUGAGUCCGUCAAGGAACCUAUGUUGACUGGUAUCAAGGCUGUGGAUUCCCUCGUGCCUAUUGGUCGUGGACAGCGAGAGUUGAUCAUCGGAGAUCGACAGACUGGUAAAACUGCCAUUGCCAUCGACGCCAUCAUCAACCAGAAAGUCUUCAACGAUGGAGAUGACGAGAAGAAGAAACUGUACUGUAUCUACGUUGCCAUCGGACAGAAGAGGUCCACCGUUGCUCAGCUUGUAAAGAGGCUGACUGACACCGGAGCCAUGAAGUACACAACUAUUGUAUCAGCUACUGCUUCUGAUGCCGCUCCUCUCCAGUACCUCGCACCUUACUCCGGCUGCUCCAUGGGAGAAUACUUCAGGGAUUCUGGAAAACACGCUCUGAUUAUCUACGACGAUUUGUCCAAGCAGGCUGUUGCCUACAGACAGAUGUCUCUCCUUCUCCGUCGUCCCCCUGGUCGUGAGGCCUAUCCCGGUGAUGUGUUCUACCUUCACUCCAGGCUGCUCGAGAGAGCCGCUAAAAUGUCUGACGCUUAUGGAGGUGGUUCCCUCACUGCUCUGCCAGUUAUUGAGACCCAGGCCGGUGACGUGUCAGCAUACAUCCCCACCAAUGUCAUUUCCAUCACUGAUGGACAGAUUUUCCUCGAGAGUGAACUUUUCUACAAGGGUAUCCGACCUGCUAUUAAUGUUGGUCUUUCUGUCAGUCGUGUAGGAUCUGCUGCCCAAACUAAGGGAAUGAAACAGGUUGCUGGUAAGAUGAAGCUCGAGUUGGCUCAAUAUCGUGAGGUUGCUGCGUUCGCACAGUUCGGAUCUGAUCUUGAUACUGCCACACAAUCUCUCCUGAGCCGAGGUGUUCGUCUCACUGAACUCCUUAAACAGGGACAAUAUGUUCCAAUGGAUAUCUCUGAGCAAGUAGCCGUUAUCUACUGCGGAGUCAGAGGUUUCCUUGACAGGAUCGCCCCCGACAAGAUCACCGAUUUCGAAAAAGCGUUCGUUGCUCACAUCAGGGCCAAUCACCAGGACAUUAUUGAUGACAUUAAGGCCACCGGCAUGUUGACAGACGCAACAGAUGCCAAACUCAAGGAAACUGUCAUUUCCUUCGUAGACGCCUUCAUUGUUUAAAGAUGAAAAUUAUAGAGUAUGAAGACUCUUGGUUCUUAAUAUGAUAUGAAUUUGAUUUUUGUAAGUUAUUGAUACUCACGUUCUAUAGAUCCCAGUGAUACAAUUGAACUAA